AGCACAAACAUCAACACUGACCUUUUUCACACAAUCAACAUCGCAUUAAGAUCGACAUGUCACUCAGCUCUCUCAUCCAAUACCUGGCCGACUUUGUAGCUUACAGCUGGAACUGCCAUCAAUGCGGUAACGACAAUGUCGCAAACGACCACCCUGCCCAAUGCACAUCGUGUGCGCAUUUCCAUUGCUGGAAGUGCGAGAAUAUCAUCCACUAAAUGUGAUCGAGCAUGAAAUACCCGCUCGAAGUGAUGCAACUGGCGACUGAAGAUUUCGGAAUUUGAUACUGGU